UUGAGAUAAAGCUGGCGUUUCUGUUGGAACUGCUACUUGAGAAGUGACCGAUAGAGUUCGCCACCAUAUGAUCAUGUUUAUUAAUCACAUUUAAUGUCAAGUUAGGAAUUAUACGGGUUGUGCGAAAGUUGUCUAUCGCUACCAAUAAUUCGUUUGGUGAAAUUUGCCGUAACUUUAACUGUUUUAGGUAGGUUGCAGAUCAGUUCGCUCUACAGUCUACUCGAGACCCAGCAGUUAGUACUAGCUAAUUCAAACGACAUACAAUAGUGUAAAUAUAGUGUUCUAUUUUCUAUUCAAAUUGCUGAUAAACGUUUAAAGGAGGGAACAUUUUGCGCAUCAAUUUUUAAUUGAGCAAAAUGAGAUUGCUACAAGUUGCUCGAAACGUAGCGGCCAAAACCCAUCGGAUUUCCAGAGCUGCUAACUUUUCCAGUGCAGCUGAAGCGAAGCCGGAUAUUUCACCAAAUGUCCUCUACUCUGGGAUCUUUAUUAAUAAUGAAUGGCACAAAUCAUCGGCUGGUGCUACAUUUCCCACCAUUAAUCCAGCGAAUGGAAAAGUAAUUACAGAAGUCCAACAGGGUGUUAAAGCUGACAUAGAUAAAGCAAUUGCGGCCGCAAAUGAGGCUUUCCGUUUGGGCUCUCCAUGGCGCACAAUGGAUCCUUCUGAAAGAGGCAGAUUAUUGUACAAAUUGGCUGACUUAAUAGAACGAGAUGCUUCCUAUUUAGCUAGCUUAGAAACUCUUGAUAAUGGAAAACCAUUCGUCCAUGCCUUAAAUGCGGACCUCCAAUUAUCCAUUAAAACAUUCCGGUACAUGGCAGGGUGGGCCGACAAAAAUCAUGGAAAAACUUUGCCAGUUGAUGGGCCCUACAUUUCAUACACCAGACACGAACCAGUUGGUGUAUGUGGACAAAUCACUCCAUGGAAUUUCCCAGUUAUGAUGGCAGCGUGGAAAAUUGCACCCGCCUUAGCUGCUGGCAAUACCGUAGUAUUGAAACCUGCGGAGCAGACUCCAUUAACAAGUCUUUACCUUGCGGAGCUUUCCAAAGAAGCUGGCUUUCCGCCUGGUGUGAUAAAUGUGGUGCCUGGCUUUGGAGAUGCUGGUGCAGCUCUAGUAGCCAAUACAAAUGUGGACAAAAUCGCUUUUACCGGAUCUACAGAAGUUGGAAAAAUAAUCCAGAAAAAUUCUGGCGUUGGCAACCUUAAACGCCUCACCCUGGAAUUGGGAGGAAAAAGUCCCAACAUCAUACUCGCCGAUGUUGACAUCGAAAACGCCGUAGAAGCCGCCCAUGCUGCAGUGUUUUUCAAUCAAGGGCAAGUGUGCUGUGCUGGCUCGCGUACAUUCGUAGAAGAAUCCAUUUAUGACGAGUUUGUUGAACGGUCUGUUGAAAGAGCGAAGAAGCGUGUUGUUGGUGAUCCGUUCCAUCCUAGCACUGAACAAGGCCCUCAGAUUGAUGAAUCUCAAUUUAAAAAAAUUCUUGCGAUAAUCAAAGAGGGUGAAGCACAGGGCGCGAAAUUGGUACAUGGUGGAGCAAGACAUGGGGAUGAAGGAUAUUUCGUCCAACCCACUGUAUUUGCUGAUGUAGAGGAUCAUCAUGUAGUAGCCAGAGAAGAAAUAUUCGGGCCUGUUCAACAGUUGAUAAAAUUCAAGGGCUUAGAUGAACUAAUAGUGCGAGCCAACACUUCAGAUUACGGUCUAGCGGCAGCCGUUUUCUCAAGAGAUAUUGACAAAGUGAAUUAUCUUAUUCAAGGCAUUAAAGCUGGCACGGUUUGGGUGAACUGCUACAAUGUCUUCUCACCACAAGCACCUUUCGGCGGAUACAAAGAUUCCGGUUACGGCCGAGAAUUGGGAGAAUAUGGAUUAAGGCAAUACACUGAAAUUAAAACGGUAACUACGUCAGUACUGCAGAAAAAUUCGUAGACGUUGUCCCGAAUCCUCACUUUGCAAAAUUCAUCAGAACUGCAACCAUACUUUUUUAUAUAAACGUUAUUUGAUUGUUUUGUUACAUUGUUAAUUACAAUACAGCACAAUAAAAGAUAUAUUUCGACAGAUUGUCAUUAUA